AUGAGAAUGGAUAGAAAGGAUACAGGCGGUACAAUUCACGAGAAUAGCCGCGUUGCAACUACCUCAAGAUGGCCACAGCAGCUCAGGCUUUGUUCCGGGAGAAAUGUGUCUCCGAAGUGCGCGACUACAACCUGCAUCUUUCGCAAGACAUUAGCCAAAGCCAAGGACGAAUUCGAUAAAGAACUAGGGAAGAGAUUUGGCGAUAUUCUGGCCGUGACAGAUGCCGUGGACGAAUUGCUGGGGCAGGCGCGGGCGGUGGAUGCGAGCUUGAUGGAUCUGUGCUUCAACGACUCCGUUUGCAAGCUGGAAGCAGUUCCGGAGCCUGGUGCGAGUUCAAGCUUGCAAUCCACGUCGCGCGCGUCAAAUGGCGGCCAUUUGGACCCUGCGUUUGUGAGCAACGUUCACCGUACGCUGGCGGUCUCGGAGUGGGCUCUGGCGGUCAGAAGCUUCACCGAGGACCCCAGCGCCGCCAAAAACUUCGACGCUCUUCUCGCGAGUUUCGAAUCCAUACAGCAGAUCAACGGCAAGGCAGACCAGUAUCAAUCCGUCGUCUCAGACAAGUGUCGCUUGGUGGAAGCAGCCGUGUUGGACGGCAGCGCUCCGUUUACAGCAGUGCAAUGGGUUAAGCUCUACCAUCUUUUCCACUCCGACACGGACGUUUUUGCAUUUCAACAACUUGAGGCGCUAGACAAGCUGGCCUUUGACUUUUUACUCAGAAACGAAGACCUCUUGCAGUGUUCUCAAACGGAGCCCGAAGUACAGCGGUUCCUCAACAGUCCUGCCUUCAAAAACAAGUCUAACGAGCGGUUGCUGCAGGACGUGGAACUUCAAUUCAGCAACUACCAGCGAAGCCACGAAACAGUUUCUAGACCGCCAAUAAGCCUCUACGAUCUCAACGUCGAGCAAUCGCUGUCCACUUUUGUGCAAGACAUAGAUUUUUACUGCAAUGGGAUCAUCGAAGACCAGGACCGAAAGCUGGAUGUGCUUGUAGAAACCGUUGCGGCGCUCGUGCGGAAGCUGAAAAGCUGCGGUGCAGACCUAGAACGAAUCCAAGAUAUCAAGAAGCGCUUGAUUAAUUGUCUCGAGGCGAGACGCGAGAGUCUGCUACGAGAAUGCGAAGCGAAGGCACCUGAGCGAGACUUAUCCAGGGCAGAAGGCAGAGAAGAGUUUGCGAAGAGUAGUUCAACCGCUGCUAGGAUAAAAGAUGUUGAACCAACAGAGAUUGCUGCUGGACAGCCUCCAGAAGCCCAAGGAGAGCCGACAAAAGAAGUUUCAGAAGAAGACCAAGCUGAGGCCGAAGGCGCGGCUCCAGAAACUACACAAACCGCGGCUCCAGAAACCCAAGACGUGUCCGAAACCACACAAGCCGCGGCUCCAGAAACCCAAGACGUGGCCGAAACCCAAAGCUCAUCUACUAAAGUUUCCGAAAGUGACCGUCAAGCCCACGCCAAUGACUCUACAAUCUCUCCGGUUGCUAACUGCGUCGGAGAAACACACUCCGCAAGCUCCAGAAGCAUAGUAAGUGCCGCAAUCAGCGCCAUGAACUCCAAGAACCUCAUGUGUCAUCUUGAGGUCCACAUGAAGCAAAUACAAGUGCUCUAA